AUGGCGGAGAGCGGCGCCUGGCUGCUGGUGCUGAGCUCCGUCUUCCUCUGCAACGCUCUCAAGAUCCUUCUGCCCUCCUGCUCCUCCAUCAUAUCCAGACUGUUACAAAAGGAUGCAGAGCAGGAAUCCCAAAUGAGAGCUGAAAUUCAGAACAUGAAGCAAGAACUCUCAACCAUUAGUAUGAUGGAUGAGUUUGCUAGAUAUGCCCGUCUGGAAAGAAAGAUUAACAAAAUGACUGACAAGCUUAAAACUCAUGUGAAAGCACGAACUGCCCAAUUAGCCAAAAUAAAGUGGGUUAUAAAUAUUGUAUUCUACAUCUUACAAGCUGCCUUGAUGAUCUCUCUGAUUUGGAAGUACUAUUCUGAGCCGGUUACAGUGCUUCCAAGCAAAUGGCUUGCUCCGCUGGAGCGCCUGGUAGCUUUUCCUACAGGGGUGGCAGGUGGUGUUGGAAUUACAUGUUGGCUUGUGGUUUGUAAUAAAGUUGUAGCUAUCAUGCUACACCCUUUCAGCUGAAGGAAUCCCAGUAAUCCAUACAGUCCUCAACUACAUUUUCAUUAUUGCUGUUU